CUCCAUUAGUUGGGGGACAGACAGACAGACCGAUUCAAGCACCUUGUUCAUGCAGAGUUCUGGUCCUGUGAGCCAGGAUCUCACUGCAGAAAUGUCGGUGUGGUCUGUCGUCUUGUUCCUGAUCCACGGCUUGCAUGGCCAUCAGCUGUGCCCUCGAAGGUGCGACUGCCCGCCAGGAAACGGUGUGGUGUGGUGCAAUUGGAGAAACCUGAUGGUUAUCCCUUUCGACAUUCCUCAGGACACGCUAGUAUUGUACCUAGAUUCUAACUGGAUUGUCCACAUAUCCAGCGGGGCCUUCCAUGGCCUGAAACUCCUCCAUGAACUUCACCUGGCGGACAAUCUCAUCGAGAGCAUCUCUCCAGCAGCCUUCCAUGGCUUAGGGAAUGCCCUGAGGCUCCUGGACCUGUCAGGGAACAAGUUGCGAAAAAUAGACCCCGCUCCUUUCGUCAUGCUGACCUGGGUUAGGCUAGAACUCUACAACAAUCCCUGGCAUUGUGACUGCUCCCUGCAGGAGCUGAUAAAGGCUCUUUCCUUGGGCGCCGAGACAGCGGAAGACAUUGUGUGCACCACCGCAACUUGGAAGGAGUAUGUUGGGAAGACUUUGUCCCAUCUGGUCAGUACUGGCGUCAACUUCUGCGUCACUCAUCAGAAGAACACCGAUUUUGCAAUGCUGCUCACUAUGUUUGUCUGGUUUGGUGUCGUUAUCACUUAUGUCAUCUAUUAUAUCCGGCGCAACCAAGCCGAAUCCCGGCGUCACUUGGAAUACCUCAAAUCCCUGCCGGUUCCCAGGAGCUCAUUGCAACCCGAGGAGAAGGAGGUGGAUGAAGACAAUACGCUCAGCACAAUCCUCUGACGGACUAGACUCACACACGUGCUGGGGCUACACAACAGAACUGCUUUGGAAGCAGAUUUAAUCUGACAAGAAUUUGUCCCUCUAGCAUUAAAUCUAGGGACCAACCAAAAAAAUUGCUGCUUAAUACAAAGAAUCAAUGCUGCUGUCCAACUGUAAUGGUUAUAUAGGGAAGACCUUGGAAGUCUGGGCCCAGAGAUGCUGCCUAGGGACCAGUCAGAUAAGAGACAGCAUGGGCUGCAGCUGGAUAGUGGGUUAUACAAGAGGCUCCGAAGGGAUCACCCUUAAUUUCUCAGGAAGUAAAGGAGACAGUGGAGAAUUUUAUUUUCAGAUGCAUAAGACUGAUGUCAGCCUUACCAGGGAGACCAGACAGGAAACACAAGUAGAUGAACUAAUUCUACUUUAUUACAAGUCUUUCUCUCCUCCCUUCCUUCCGU